AUGAAAAAGGAAAAUGCAACACUGCUGACAGAAUUCAUUCUCACAGGACUUACACAUCAACCAGAGUGGCAAAUCCCCCUGUUCCUGCUCUUCUUGGUGAUAUAUCUCAUCACCAUUGCGGGGAACCUCAGUCUGAUUGCUCUCAUAUGGAAUGAACAUCACCUUCACAUUCCCAUGUACUUAUUCCUUGGGAAUUUGGCCUUUGUGGAUGCCUGGAUAUCCUCCACAGUGACACCCCAGCUGCUGGUCAGUUUCUUUGCCAAGAGCAAACAGAUAUCUCUCACUGAAUGUAAGAUACAAUUUUUUUCCUUUGCAACCAGUGCAACCAUGGAAUGCUUUUUGCUGGCAGCAAUGGCAUAUGAUCGCUAUGUGGCCAUAUGCAAACCAUUACUUUAUCCAGUGAUUAUGACCAACAGACGGUGCAUCUGGCUGUUAGUUUCAUCAUUUUUAGGUGGCCUUUUUCAUGCCAUACUUCACAAUGUUUUCUUAUUAAGAUUAACCUUCUGUAAUUCUAACAUAAUACAUCACUUUUACUGUGACAUAGUACCACUGUUUAAGAUUUCUUGUACUGAUCCUUCCAUUAAUUUUCUGAUGGUAUUCAUUUUCUCUGGGUCAAUACAGGUGUUUACCAUUCUAACUGUUGCUGUUUCUUAUAUACCUGUUCUCUUUACAAUCUUAAGAAAGAAGUCUGUUCAAGGCAUAAGGAAGGCAUUUUCCACUUGUGGAACCCAUCUCCUAUCUGUCCCUUUAUACUAUGGGCCUCUCCUCUUCAUGUAUGUGCGCCCUGGAUCAUCACAAGGAGAUAAUCAAGAUAUGAUGUAUUCUCUGUUUUAUAUGAUUAUAAUUCCUUUGUUAAAUCCAAUUAUUUACAGCUUGAGAAAUAAGAAAGUCAUAGAUUCACUGGUAAAUGUGUUAAAAAGAAAUGUUUAG